UUCAAUUAAAGUGACAAAAAAGGAAAAAAGGGGUCAUUCAGUUACCUCUUUAUCGGAUUCUCAGUGUUAGGUGGUCAGACCGUAUUCUUCUUGUUUGGGAGAUAUUUAAUUUAAUUGAUUUGUUUUUACCAGUCUGCUGAUAUAGAGCAAUCCGUGGAAACACUUUUCCUGGAAAAACACUUUUUUCCUGUACGCCUGCAUUCACUGGUUGAAGACUGGCAUGGAGACUACUGGAGGCAGUGUCAGACCCUUUCUUCAUUUCAAUGCAAAGCAGGAUGCGGAGUUCCUGCACAAGGCCAUGAAAGGCAUAGGCACCGACGAAGAGGCCAUUCUUCGGCUCCUGGUCUCCCGCUGCAACUCUCAGCGGCAGGAGAUAAAAGCAGCCUACAAGACCCGUUACGGAAAGGACUUGGUGAGCGAGUUGCAAUCGGAACUCGGAGGAAAGUUUGAAAUGCUUGUAGUUGCCCUGAUGACGCCACGCAUUCUCUACGACGUGACUGAACUCAAGAACGCCAUCAAGGGGGCAGGGACUGAGGAGGCUGUUCUCGUAGAGAUCCUGGCCUCCAGAACACCGGAGCAGAUCAAGGAAAUUGUCAAAGCCUACAAAAAACAGUACCGCAAAAGCCUGGAGUCAGAUAUCAGCGGUGACACCGCAGGAUACUUCAAGAGGAUGCUGGUGAUUCUCCUCCAGGCAAGUAGAGAGGAAGGGGUUGAUGAAGAAAAGGUGGAGAAGGAUGCUAAGGAACUGUUUGCCGCAGGAGAGGAGAAGUGUGGCACCGACGAGGAAAAAUUCAUCAGUAUCCUUGGUAACAGAAGCACAGAACACUUGAGGAAAGUUUUUGAUGCAUACAAGAAACUGUCUGGGUAUGACAUUGAAGACAGUAUUGAAAGAGAGACUUCUGGGAGUCUGCAGGACUUGCUCCUGGCUGUAGUGAAGUGUACUAGGAGUGUUCCAGCCUAUUUUGCAGAAAACCUCUACCACAGCAUGAGGAGAGCUGGUACAGAUGAUGAGACGCUGAUCCGGAUCAUGGUCUCGCGGAGUGAAGUGGACAUGCUGGACAUCAGAGCAGAGUUCAAACGGAUGUACAAGCAAUCGCUGUACAACACUAUCCAGGAGGACACAUCUGGUGAUUACAGGAAGGCUCUCCAGUACCUCACUGGUGGUAAUGAUGGCUAGUAUCUCUGUCAAUCAGAGACAGAGCUCUGCCCAUAUCUUAUGUCUGUACUGCCUUACUAUCCAGAGUGCUCCAGUCAGAGCCAUGUAUUGUGCUCUGUUUUCAGUAACUAUUGUUUGUUUCGUGCACUUUUAUUAAUUAUUUUGCAUAGUUAUUUUAGCACUAGUUUUUGCACUAAUCAUAGAAAAAUAGCUGUGAUUAUCAACUACAUUUUUAAUUGUUCUGUUUUAGAGUUUGCUCUUUGGCCUGAGGGUGUUCUUUCUAGUCAAUUCUGAAAGGCUAAAAAUAUUAUGCACUGUUCCUCAUCAGUCAAAAUCAAAUUAACUCUGAAAUCAAAAUACUGUAAGAAGGAUGGUGUCCCUUGGAGUUAUUUGUGCUGUGAACUGAAAAUGUAAUGCUGCGACUUAAUAAAUUAUGUCCUGUCAA